AAUCGAGUUGAGAAGUCCAGCUGCCAGCGAUAACGAUUACCAGUCUGGUGCAUUUCUAAGUGUUUAUUAUUUAUUUACAAGCUGCAAUAUUAAUUAAAAGCUGGUACUUUAUGCGUCGAGUGUGGUUGCGAGAGCAGCUUAUCAAAGUCCGUCAGCUAAAUCUUAUCAGUGCGAGCAUUUAGUACGUUGUGAUUACGCCGAUUGCGCAACAAUCGCCUGGAGAGGAGAAUCAAAAACUGCACCGAAUAACGGCACAAUUAUCAGUUACAGCUACGACGCGCCAGCCGCCUGCACAGUUUUUGUCCGGAGACUUUCGCUUAAUGCCGGGCUUUCAGUGUCAGUUUCGAUCUGUUAUUAGUUGGUGACAAAGCUGAAUAUUCUGUCUCUCGUUUCCAGUCCCCCCAAUUCAUUCAUAAUAAUCCGCAAGUUGUAAAAUGUUUGCCGUGCGCCGCUCCGCAGCUCUGAUGACGUCGGUCCACCGGCAGCCGCAGCUCAUCCGUGCCGUAUUCCGGGCGAAUUUCGCCAGCAGCUCCGUGCAACCCAAUCCACUCAAGAUUACCAUGGAUAAUAAGAAGAAUCUCACUGUGAGCGAGUCCUCAUUGCCGGUCUGCUCUCCCACACAGAUGGCCCAGAAGAUUAAAGCCGGACCCGUGGUGGAUGUCCUCGGUGACGAGAUGACCCGCAUCAUCUGGGAUUCGAUCAAGGACAAGCUGAUCCUGCCCUUCCUGGACAUCGAGCUGCACACCUACGAUCUGGGUAUUGAGUACCGUGACAAGACUGAGGACCAGGUGACUAUCGACUGCGCCGAGGCCAUCAAGAAGUACAACGUUGGCAUCAAGUGUGCCACCAUCACCCCCGACGAGAAGCGCGUGGAGGAGUUCAAGCUGAAGAAGAUGUGGAAGUCGCCAAACGGCACCAUUCGUAACAUUCUCGGCGGCACCGUCUUCCGUGAGGCCAUCAUCUGCAAGAACGUGCCCCGCCUCGUCACCGGCUGGCAGAAGCCCAUCGUCAUCGGUCGCCACGCCCACGCCGAUCAGUACAAGGCAGUGGACUAUGUGGUGCCCGGUCCUGGUAAGCUCACCCUCACCUGGAAGGGCAACGACGGCCAGGUCAUCGAGGAGGUGAUUAACGACUUCAAGGGCGCUGGCGUCGCCCUGGGCAUGUUCAACACUGACGCUUCCAUCGUCGAUUUUGCCCACGCCUCGUUCAAGUACGCGCUGGACCGCAAGCUGCCGCUGUACAUGAGCACCAAGAACACGAUCCUGAAGAAGUACGAUGGCCGCUUCAAGGACAUCUUUGAGGAUCUGUACAACAAGCAGUACAAGUCGGAGUACGAGGCGGCGGGCAUCUGGUACGAGCACCGUCUCAUCGACGACAUGGUGGCCUAUGCCAUGAAGUCGGAGGGUGGCUUCGUGUGGGCCUGCAAGAACUACGACGGUGAUGUGCAGUCCGACUCCGUCGCCCAGGGCUACGGCUCUCUGGGUCUGAUGACCUCCGUGCUGCUGUGCCCCGACGGCAAGACCGUGGAGGCUGAGGCCGCUCACGGCACUGUGACUCGCCACUUCCGCUUCUACCAGCAGGGCAAGGAGACCUCCACCAACCCCAUUGCCUCGAUCUUCGCCUGGACCCGCGGCCUGCUGCACCGCGCCAAGCUGGACGACAACGAGCCCCUGAAGCAGUUCGCCGAGACUCUGGAGCAGGUGUGCAUCGACACCAUCGAGGGCGGUGCCAUGACCAAGGAUUUGGCCAUCUGCAUCAAGGGCAGCAUCAAUGCUGUGGAGCGCAAGGACUACCAGGAGACGUUCGAGUUCAUGGACACGCUGGCCAAGAACCUGGGCGCAGCCCUGGCCAAGAACGCCGCCGCCGCCAAGUGACUAGCCGGCGAGCCACAGGCCUCGCACCUCUAGGGAGCCACCAAGCGAAGCCUCGUCCUUGUCACCAUAUACUACGAUAUUUCCAUUUGUCCAUGUAGCUGUGCAUGUCCUAGGCUAACUGUAUUGUGUCCUCGAUGCAUGUGUCACUGUUCAUUGUCUCUGCGAGACGCCAAAACCCGAAACCAUUUCCCAGAAACGUUCAAAACGGAAGAACAAUUUCAAAUAAAUGUAUUUUUAUACCGGA